AUGAUCAACACUUGUUCUUCCUCGUCAUCAAACCAACUCGGAUCCAAUGCUCCUUUUCCACCAUCACAACAUCAAUUUCAUGAAAUUACAGAUCAACAAGGAUACAAUGCAUUUCCGAUUCAUGUCGCGAAUAGAGCAUUCAACAUUGAAGAAACCUACCAUACAGAAGUUGUUCGGAUUGUAUUCGCGGAUAAAAUUGUUUUUAUUAUUUCACAAUUAGAUGCACUUGCAGGCACUAUCAUUAAAGCAGAAAAAGACAACUCCAAUGCUUUAACAAUGACUGUUUCUCAAAAUUAUGACGAUGAUUAUGAUGAUGAUUUCAGUCAACUUCCUGAACCCACAUAUUCUGUGAGAACAUUAUUUGGCAAAAGAGCUCCAUCGCUCGAAAGUGAUGAAAGCUUUCUUGAUGUUGAAACAAUUUUUGCACGGUUACUAAUUGAAGAAUUAUAUAAACCAAAACAACAACGAUCAAACAUGCAAAUUCCUGAUUUGAUGGAACCACCCAUGCCAAUGACAGUCCUUGAAAAACCAUUAAUUAUUUGUCUUACUUUUUCUAAAGAAUUCCAAAAUAGACUGAAACAACCUAAAAUUGGCAAAUUAGCCAUGAAGCAGUUGAUUGAUUGUGUUGUCAAUAAAAUUUAG